UUUCUAUUUUUGUGGUUUUUCCUUGACAAAAUUUACUAGUGAAAAACUUUUAAAAAUAAAUGUGAAUACAGAGAUAAUAACCAUGGCUUCAAUGGUGAUAUCAUCACCAACUUAUUACAAGUGUGAGAUGAGAAGAGCCAUUCAGGUUUCUUCUUUGCUUCCCAGAAUUGUGUCUCAGCACAAGAACCAAAAGUUAAAUGAUAGUAAUUCAAAUCAGUUGAGUAGAAGGGAAAUUAUAUUGAGAAGCAGUGAGCUUGCACUUCUUGGGGCAAUUUUUCAGUUCAGUGGAACAAAACCAGAUUAUCUUGGUGUGCAGAAAAAUUAUCCAGCACUAGCAUUGUGCCCGGCCACAAAGAAUUGCAUUUCAACUUCAGAAAAUGAGAGUGAUUUUACUCAUUAUGCCCCACCUUGGAAUUACAACCCAGAGGAAGGGCGUGGGAGUAAAAAGCCCAUUUCUAAAGAAGCAGCAAUGGAGGAGCUUCUGCAAGUUAUAAAAUCAACAAAACCAGACAAGUUCACUCCACGUAUUGUCGAGCAGAAAGAUGAUUAUAUUCACGUGGAGUACGAAAGCCCUAUCUUGGGGUUUGUAGACGAUGUUGAGUUUUGGUUCCCACCUGGCAAGAAAUCAGUAGUACAGUAUCGAUCAGCAUCACGCCUAGGGAACUUUGAUUUUGAUGUGAACAAGAAGCGAAUUAAGGCAUUACGAGUAGAACUAGAGAAAAAAGGAUGGUCUUCAGAAGAUAGCUUUUGAUGGAGCUUGGAUUACAAAAGAAAAAUGUCCAACAGACAAUGGAACUCAGCAGAAGAUAUAUCAAUCUCAACAUCUUUCUUACGAGUUACGAGUAUCCUACAAGCUUCAUGUACCAUCAAGGAAAUACUGAGAUCUUAUAUGUUACUUGAUACGAUAUGGAAAACUAGAUCCAAAAUGAGACUAGCAUUGGUGGACUAAGAAAAUAUGAUGUUAAGAGCCUAGACAGCAGUGUUUUGUACAAAAUAACUCAUCUGAACUAGAUGUUGAUUAUAUCCACUGCCCCUCUUGCUCAUCCUUUGCUCAGUUGCUGGAAUACAAAAGAAAGCAUUUCAUGUAGAACAAUCUCUGGUAUUCAUAAUACAUAAAUUUGAUGAAUUUGUUAAUUGAAUGGCAAAUGACUAUUUUUUUUUUGAAAGGUGAAUGGCAAGUGCUUACAUAUUUGCACA